UGAUCCUAUAGUGGUCCAGGCACAAACCGUGAAAAGUUUUUAGUUACCCCCCUGCGACUCCUGUCACCUCCCGCCCUUUUCUUCUUUUUACCCCCCUCCCCAACACCCAUCCAUACAAACUCCUGCAUCAUCUCUCAAACUAACUCACUCCUCUCUGUACCUUCAGCCGGUCUCCUCUCCAUCCACCGCGUCACAUUAACCCCUCCGCUGCAGCUUGACAACCAGACUGAUAGCCCCCGGCACCACCAUGCUCUGGAAAUCCAGAACCAAAACUGACGUUCUGCAGGACCGGGCAGACGGACUAAGCGGCUCCUCGCCGAGCGGGCGACUCUCCCAGCUGUCCUCCCUGAACCAGGCCGCUUACUCCUCGGCUCCCCCGCUCUGCCACACUCCGGCCUCUGACUUCCAGCCUCCGUACUUCCCUCCCCCUUAUCCCCAGUCCUCCCUGCCAUACUCCCAAAGCCAGGACUCAUAUUCCCACCUGUCAGACCCCUACACCUCCAUCAACUCCAUCCAUCAGCAUCAGCAAGUGGCAUGGCACUCGCAGAGGUCGCGCUCCGACGACGGGGGACUCCUUUCACAGUCGCAUCGGGCUCUGAGCCUCGACCCCCGGCGGGAAUAUGCAGCUGUCCCUCGGCUGCUGCACGGUCUCGGAGAAGGUGCUGCCGCUCUCGGGGACGGUCCUCUCGGGAUGCAACUGGGACAUCACGGCCUGGACGAUAUUCAGGGAAUGGAGGAAGGAUCAGCCCUGGGCAUCCUCGACCACUCUGUCAUUAAAAAAGUUCCCAUCCCGUCCAAGCUAAACGGGUCAUCCCUUUCAAUCUUGUCCCUCGGUAAGGAGGGUCUCGGUAUGGGAGCCGUGUCCAACCCAGCCGAGGUCUUCUGUUCGGUCCCGGGUCGCCUCUCGCUUCUCAGCUCCACCUCCAAGUACAAGGUGACUGUCGGGGAGGUGCAGCGACGCCUCUCUCCACCUGAGUGCCUCAACGCCUCUCUGCUGGGUGGAGUCCUGCGCAGGGCAAAGUCAAAGAAUGGUGGCCGCUGUCUGAGAGAGCGUCUGGAGAAAAUUGGCCUCAACCUGCCCGCCGGGCGACGCAAGGCAGCCAACGUCACUCUCCUAACAUCUCUAGUGGAGGGUGAGGCCGUCCAUCUGGCGCGGGACUUUGGUUAUGUCUGUGAGACAGAGUUUCCAGCCAAAGCCACAGCUGAGUAUCUGUGCAGGCAGAGCGAACCGGACCAGCUCCCAACACGGCGCAGUAUGCUGCUCGCCACCAAGGAGAUCUGUAAGGAGUUUGUGGACAUGAUGUCCCAGGACCGCUCUCCUCUGGGUGGCAGUCGACCCAACCCCUGCCUGGAGCCUGGCGUCCAGGGAAGCCUCACCCACUUCAGUCUGCUCACCCACGGCUUCGGUACUCCCGCCAUCUGCGCCGCACUCUCUGCCUUCCAGAGCUACUUGAUGGAGGCGAUCAAAAUGCUGGAUAAAGGAGAGGGUGGAGGGAAGAGCCACCACGACAAGGAGAUGAAGCACCGCAAAUAGAGGGAGGACAGACAAGAUAUGUUGAUAGAUGGAUGAGAUGAGAUGAGAGGCAGAAAGGAAAAGAAAAGUGGGGAAAAGACUAACCGGUGCCCCUCUGCUUCUUUACCUUCGCCUUCAGGAUAAAAACUGAGACUUUUACCUCCCAGAAAAAAACCUCUGCAGUCUAUCUCAUCAAGGAGGCAGGGAUCCUGAUGAUAUCUGUACUGUAAUGUGUGUCCACAACCACCUCACUCAACAUGACGCAUGGACCUCUUUUCUCAGUAGCUGGUUUGUGUCAUGAUGGCGUCUACAAAACAUCUCUUCAGGAUGAGUACCUACACAUGGUUGUAUUUAUUUCCCCCUCUUUUUUUGUAAACAUGUCACCUUUAUCUGUGUCAUAGAACCCAGCAUUUAUCAGUCACUUUCUCUCUCACACACACAAACACACACACACACACAUUUUUUUUGGACUGAACUCAUCUGGGAAGUGUCGUAAAGCCAUAUCCGAGACAACAACCUGCUCUUUGCUCCUCUUGAACUUUGGGAGACUUUUAACUCUACUUGAUUGGACAAACACUGCUUCCAUAUGUACUUCUUCUUAGUGGCUGGUCAUGGGAAAUUGAAUUCUCUGGGGUCUCUAACAGCGGGGUAAGGAGGAGUCAAAGGCAGCUAAAGGAGAUUUAGUUUCUUUUAUUUUGAAGUACUAGGUGUUGGUAACUUAAAAACACAAAUCAUUUUGUACUUUCUGUGUAUGUUUAUUAUUAAUGUUAUUACUGUUGCUAUUAUUAUUGUAUUACGGCAUAAAUGUAAUAUAUUAUUAAAGAAUUAAGACCUGAUCAGCUUAGUUUCAUGACUUUGCUUUUAUGUGUUCAUUUGGAUUAUUAGAACAAUAAAAAGUAAUGGCACCUUCAGGUACCUUUUUAAAUGCAACCGCCCAUUUCAACUUACUUUAAAUCCAACAGUGACAAUGGACUUUUAUUGUGCUCUUACUGUAAAUGCUUCCUCUUUCCAUUUGUCGCAAUACUAUGUUUUAUUGAUCCCUUUAGGAAAAGUCUAUUGUGACUUCAACAGGAAGGUCAUAGCGAGGGCUGCAACCAACACUUAAUUUCGUUAUUGAUUGAUGUGUCGAUUUGUUUAGUUAAUUGCUUAGCCUAUAAAAUGUCAGAAAAUAGUGUGAAAUGUCCAUUACACUUUCUAAGAGCAUAAUGUCAUGUAUUCAGUGACCUGGUGUUAUCUAACAGUUCAAAACCAAAAGAUA